UAUGAGGUCACCGUGGGGGACUGAACUGAGGGUGAAGGCAAUGAAAAGCUCGGCACUAGAGAGCGAUAAACAUGAGACGGAGGGACAUGAAAUAUGUGAAAGCAGGAAGCGUUUUAUUUAAACAGGUUUAGUUAAGUAAGCCCAAGCCAGCAACUUAAUUAUAGGACUGAUCUUUCUUUGAGUUGACGGGGGAAAAGUCGCAUAUUGACUGUGGCGCUCCGAGCGCGCUGAACAGGAAGAAAUUCCCUAGCUUGCAAAAAAAAAAAAAAAAAAAAAAAACCAGAGAAAAAAAGACGCAUGAGGGCAGAAAAGAAAGUUUUGCGUGGUGGAAACAAUCAGGAGCUAUUAAACUUUGCUUGCUAAUACCAGCGGUGCACGAAUCAUUCGCUUUAUUUUUACCGUGGGAUAAGGUGCCGAUUUUAUAUCGCUUUCUGUCUUUAAAAAAUCGUCAUUUUUGGGGGCAUACAACAUCAACAAAAGUUUUACGAACGGAAAAUCUAAAGCCAUACUUAACAAAAGCAGACAUUCUUUUGGAACUGUACACCUUCCGUAUCUACUUGGAUCGCUGGGUUUUUGUUCUUGCUGUUUUAACUGCUGUAGAAGAUUAUUAUUUUCUCCAAAUACUGUUUGGGGGCUUGGGGGCGGGUUGGAUAUAUUUUUCUCUUUCCUACAUGGCCUCUUCCAGGAUGUACUUUCUUACGAAAUGUAUUGUGAUCUCCCAACUUAUUAUCCUUGUAGCGAAGAGCAGCCAGGCGCUUUUGUGUCUGCCGUGCGAUGAGUCAAAAUGUGAGGAGCCGAAACAUUGCUCUGGUAGCAUGGUGCUGGGAAUCUGCGGCUGCUGUUCCGUCUGUGCCAAGCAGAAGAACGAGAACUGCGGUGGCGUUUUCGGUUUGUACGGGACCUGCGACCGGGGGCUCCGGUGCGUCAUUAGACCACCUCUGAACGGCGGCUCCAUCACCCAGUAUGAGGUCGGGGUUUGUGAAGAUGAAAACUGGGAUGACGACCAGCUUUUGGGAUUUGAACCUUGCAACGAAAACCUAAUUACCGGUUGCAACAUCAUUGAUGGGAAGUGUGAAUGCGACAGCCUGCGGACGUGCAACAACCCCUUUGAGUUCCAGAGCCAAGAUGCCUGCCACGCCGCCUUAAAGAAAAUCGAAGAGGAGAGGCCGGACUGCUCGAAGGCGCGCUGCGAGGUGCAGUUCUCGCCCCGCUGCCCCGAGGACUCGGUGCUGAUCGAGGGCUACGCACCGCCGGGGGAGUGCUGCCCGCUGCCCAGCCGCUGCGUCUGCAGCCCCGCCGGCUGCCUGCGCAAAGUGUGCCAGCCCGGCUACCUCAACAUCCUGGUCUCCAAGGGCUCGGGGAAGCCUGGCGAAUGCUGCGACCUCUACGAGUGCAAGCCGGUCUUCAGCGUGGACUGUAGUACAGUGGAGUGUCCGUCGGUCCAACAGGUGCAGUGUCCCCCUGAUAGCUAUGAGACCCAGGUUCGUCUCACGGCAGACGGCUGUUGCACCUUACCGACCAGGUGUGAGUGUUUACCUGGCCUGUGCGGCCUCCCUCAGUGCUCUGCAGGAAGUGUACCCCGCAUUAUCUUCCAUGGUGAUGGUUCCCCUGGAAGAUGCUGUGAUAUGUUUGAAUGCUUCAAUGAGAGCAAGCCCGCCUGCACCUUUAACGGCGCGGAGUACCGCGAGGGGGACAUGUUCCGGAUGGACACCUGCCGCUUCUGCCGGUGCCAGGGGGGCGUGUCCGUCUGUUUCUCUGCGCAGUGCGGCAUGCUGAACUGCGAGCACUACUACGUGCCCGAGGGAGAGUGCUGCCCUGUCUGUGAAGAUCCCAUCUACCCUGUGCUGAAUUUCGCCGGUUGCUACGUGAACGGCCAGAUCCUGGCGCACGGGGACCAUUGGCGGGAGGAUGACUGCACCUUCUGCCAGUGCGUGAGCGGGGAGGCGCGCUGCGUCGCGGCCGCGUGCGGGCACAGCUGCAUCAACCCGGUGACGGUGCCCGGAGAAUGUUGCCCUGUGUGCGAAGAGCCCACCUACAUUACUAUGGCGCCCCCUGCCUGUGGCUCUUUGGAAAACUGCAGCCUGACGGAGAAGGACUGUUUCUACGGUUUCCAGAGAGACCGGAACGACUGCCGCAUCUGCCAAUGCAAAGCACGAGAAGAGCUGUGUAAAGGGUUGAUCCAAGGCUGCACCCUCGACUGUCCGUUCGGAUACCAGAUCGACGCUCACGGCUGCGAUGUGUGCCGGUGUAGGCCCCGGCCCAAGAAGUGCAAACCGGUGUCGUGCGACAAGGAGUGUCCCUUCGGAUUCAUAAAGAACAAACAUGGCUGCGAUGUCUGUCGAUGCAAGAAGUGUCCGGAACUGCCAUGUGAGAAGACUUGUCCAAUCGGCUUCCAGCAGGAUGAGCUUGGCUGUCUCAUCUGUCAGUGCAAAGACCACAGCGCUUCCUCUGUGGCUCCCGCAAUGAAGCAGGGCUCCUGCCUCUCCAUGGAUGGGCGUCGCCAUGAGAACGGGGAGAGCUGGCAUGAUGGCUGCCGGGAGUGUUACUGCCACAACACCCGGGAGAUGUGUGCCCUGAUCUCCUGCCCUGUGCCCGUCUGUGCCAGCCCCACCAUUCGGCCUGGCCAGUGCUGCCCGUCAUGCCCAGACGACCCCACCACCCACCGAACGGAGCUGAGCGACUCGUCUGUGUGCCUCGCCCCUGGCGGGGCGUACUACGUGGAGGGCGAGACCUGGAGCAUGGACUCCUGCACCCAGUGCGCCUGCCACAGCGGCCGGGUGCUCUGCGAGACCGAGGUGUGCCCGCCCCUGCUCUGCCAGAGCCCAAUCAGGACCCAGGACUCCUGCUGCCCUCACUGCUCAGAAGAGCCUCUCACCCCGCAGUCACCCGGUAACGACAGCAUGCCGAGCUACUGCAGGAAUGAGGAGGGCGACAUUUUCCUGGCAGCAGAGUCCUGGAAACCCAACACUUGCUCCAGCUGCGUCUGCCUCGACGGAAAGAUCCGGUGCUUCUCCGAGUCCUGCCCACUGGUCGGUUGUGUCCGGCCAGUCCUGCGCAAGGGACAGUGUUGCCCCUACUGUCUGGAGGAUACCGCAGCAAGGGCAGUGUGUCAUUUCAAUGGGAAGACGUACGCUGAUGAAGAACGCUGGGACAUCGACAGCUGCACCCACUGCUACUGCCUGCAGGGCCAGACGCUCUGCUCCACAGUGAGCUGCCCCGCCCUGUCCUGCCAUGAGCCAAUCAACGUCGAGGGCAGCUGCUGCCCCAUGUGCUCAGAGAUGUACGUCCCUACGAACGUACCGAUCGAAAAGACGGACCAGCGCCGGGACCCGGGGAUGCGCAGGCCCGGUUGGCCCACACCGAGUGAAAAUGACAUCAUGCCCCAGUUCAGAGGUGAAUUCGGAAGUCUGCAGAUGCCCUACCUGGACAGCAAGACACUAGCAUCCCGCGAGGAUGGCACUUUCCACACAGUGGCAUGGGUGGCCCUGCCAAUCCUUAUGAUAGUGAUCACUAUUGCCACCCUGCUGGUCAUUAAUCAGAAGAAGCAGUGGCUCACAGUGCCCUGCUACCGCACCCCCACAAAGCAGCCCACCUGUCUGAAUAACCAGCUGGUGUACGUGGACUGCCAGAAGGGGAUGAAAGUGCAAGUGGACAGCUCCCAGCGCAUGCUCCGCAUCGCCGACCCCGACUCGCGCUACAGCGGAUACUACAGCAUGCAGAAACAGAGCAACCUGCAGGCGGACAACUUUUACCAGACUGCGUGAGGCGGGGCGGCGUCGGGGGGGCAGGGAAGGGCGGGGGGGGGGGGGGGGUUGGGGGGUUGGGGAGGGGCGACCGAGAGGCCAAACGACGCGGCUCGCUUUCACGGCCGUACACACUGAAGGACAUCACCACGAAAAGCAAUCACUCCAAAAAAAAAACCGGACAAAGACCUGACAAACUUCUCUCCAAACGAAAAAAAAAAUGGUUUUACAAUCUGAUGAAGUCGCGAAAUGAUACCAAACGAAAAGCAACGAUUUGAAGACACGCAAACAAAAUGGGAGCAGCGAUGAGUUCACGUAAAGAUUUUUUGGAUGUAGGUGUAUGAGUGUGUGGGUGUGUGUAUGAAGUUUAAUGCAAAAGCUUUGGGAUUUGGGGAAAAAAGUCCUGUUUUUCUGCAUUCCUGCCUCAGAAACAAAACACAAACAAAAAACACAAAAUUACAAGAAAGUGUUUCCAAUGAACGCUGUCACACCAAAGCUCCUGUGUUUCUAUCAAACUGAUGAACUGCUGUCGUCCGUCUCACAUGGAGGCGGAGAAAACUGAUUAGUGACAAUAAAGGAGACCAGUCCGGCAGGAAAGCAAAACGGUCACCUGCCGGAUACAAAACUUCAGUCACCUGCCGAAUUCAACACUUCCGUCUCUUUAUUUCUUCUUCAAGAACUGUUUCCUGUCUAAACUUCAUCUGAAGAACCGAUAAUAGGAAGAAACACUGUUAACCUAUCAACCUAAAGUUUUUUUUUUUUUUUUUUUUUUAAUACCCCGUGGUUGUUUGGGUUUAUGUUGUUUCAAUUAUUUGUUUUCCUGCUGCAGGUGUACACGUAUUUAGUCAAAAUGGCUUCCUCGGAGUGACAGGCUUACCUGUUACAUGCCCGAGGGUAUAUUUACACUUUACUUGCACACCUUCUCAUUUAACUGUUUAAACGUAAAGGGUUGAAGAAGAGAGAAAAAAAUGAUAGCGAUAAUAUUCAUUUUAGUUCUCCUUGUGAGUUGAAUUUGAGCAUAUUCUUUAACUGCUGCUUUUAGUUUCUGAAUGCCCUAUUUGUUCAGGAUAUAAAUAUAUACACACAAAAAGGUCAAUUGGUCGGUACUUACUUGGUAACAAUGCUAACAUCCGGAACAUUCUGAAUCUGAGCGUGUCGUCAGGAGGGUUUUGAAGGUCUGGAAGAUGAAAAUCCGCUUUACUGGUUUUGCAGCCAUUUCCUUUGCUGGGAGAUGUGCUGUUACCUAAGCACUUUCGUGUUUUUUUUUUUUUUGCAGCAAACCUUUUGGCUACUUAAACAUUAUAAGAACAUUUAUGUACAUAUUUUAUGCUGAAAUGAAAAGAUUAUUUUGUUGUGUUUAUUGUGUGUAAGUGUGUAUGUAUAUGUGUAUGCAUGUAUGUACGUAUAUGUGUAUACACACAUAUGCAUGCACCCAUAAUUUUUCUUCACGUGUAAAUUUUUCUAUGAAUUUACAAUUGAAUGUAUUUAUGGUUGAGAGGAGAGAUUAUAUAAAGGAAAAAUAACGCUGAAUGGGCAUUGCCUGUUUGAAAAUUAGUUUGGGGGCAGAAGAGAGAAAAACAGAAAGAAAGUGACAAACAUCUCAUUCUAUUGUUUAUCUUUUAGUUUUCAUAGUGUUUUUUUUUUCUCAUUAUUUGCUCGACUUGACUUUGUCGCUUGCAUCAAUAAGCUCCCACAAAUAACAGUGAAGAGGCUGCGGGCAUACUGGAGGCCAGCCAUUUACCUGUCAAGAGUUUUUACAACUCGGCUUUUAGUUUCUCACUUCAGGUCUCUUACGAAUUGCUUCUGAUGUCAGAACUACUGGAAAGUUCACAGACAAAAGCUGUGGGCGCAAAGGAAGGGUAACGGGGGUUGGGGAGCUGUGGUCAUUCGUCUUGCGUGUACCGUAAUCUCUUAUCUGAUAAGUAUGUAAUUAGAGUCCUACACCUUAGCACUUUUAUAAAUAACCUAUUGUGUUUUUAUUUUUUUCCCCCCACACUCUUCAUGAAAGAGAAGACCUUUUUUUUUUUUUUUUACGUGACCCUGUGAGACCCAAGUGUUGCCGUUAUGAUGCUGCAGAAAAUGCUUUCUCGAACUUUUAGUUUCCACAGAUCUACAGAGAGAGAGAGUUUAGGAAUGACUGCAUCAUUCAUGACAAUUCUGUACCAGUGUUCAAGAAGAAUUCGAAUAUAGUUAUCACAACAAGCCAAUAAACUGGUUCAAAUGUCUAGAAACGGUAAAAAAAAAAUGACUUAAAAGCAAAGAAGAAUCUAAGGGACUCUUAUGGGUCUCAGGUGUUAAAGUGUGCAUUUUAACUACUAGAAGGUCCAUGAAUGGCCACUUGAAAGUGGUUGAAAUAUAGGAAGUGAGAAAGAGGGGUCUCACAGGGUAGAUGUUGAAGUUUUUUUUAAAUUUUUUUUUUAUGUGCAUCUUCCAAGUAUUGUUGUAAAUACUUGUGUCACUUGCCAAAACAAAAAAAGAGAGAAAUGAGAUAAUUAAUUUAUUGUGUAAUGACCAUAUAAUUUAUUGAUUUGCAAAAAAAAAAAAAAUUAAAGGUGAAAAUUAUGCAGCUGAAAUUGUGAAAUAUACUCCAUUCACGGCAUGGCCAUGAUGAUUUGAAAAUGAGGAUUGAAGCGCUUAGCAGCGUCACAUGGAACCCAUUUCUCUCUUAGUACACUGCGGGACUGCAGCCAUGUGUAAUGGCUGGCCAACAAUUUGUUUAAAAGAAAAUGGCCUGCAAGAUGCAAUAGGUAUUUUGGCAAAUUAUACAUUGAAAUGAACAAGAACUAACGUACUGCAGCAGUUUAGAUGGAUGCAUACAGGAUACAAGCCAACUAAUUGGCGAUAUCCUUACCAUGUAUAGCUAGCUAGCUUAUCACUUCAUUUAUUGCUAGCUAAGUUUUGUUUGGCCAAGUGUAAUAUAGCCAGUUUUGGUAACCAUGCUUAUUGACAAGGGGUUUCCUCUUUAGAUAUUCAACUAUGGGCUUUGUCUGCCAUGGGCAGUUGUCUCAGUUUAAAAGCAGAUUGGGGCUUCUUAUACAGUUAAUUUAUCUCUGUUAUUAGCAAGGUUCUGUUGACUGGUAACUCCAGAUUUGUGUGUACCACCAGGCACACCUAACAUAUAUAUUUUUUAUUACGAUGCUUCUUUGCUAACUACAGUAGUGUGCCUACUGUCAUUAUCAGUUAGCCAACCUGCUAGCUAGUUAACCAAACCACCUCAUUUACUUCACUCUUGUGAAUGGGCAUGAAUGAGUGAAUGAGCUUGCUAUCAAUCCAAGGUAGACAUCGGCUGCUAGUUUUAGCUUGAGUUUUGAAUAAACACAAAAUGGUUGAAAUGUUUGGUGUUGACGAUAUAAUGUUCAUAGCUCGCUAGCUGCUGCCAGAUGUAUAGCUAGCUAAUGGGAAGAGGUUUAUAAUUUAAUCAGUGGACAAAUAUAUCUCUCUAGUCAACACUCAAUCUUCUGCAUGACAGGUAGCUAAAAUCUGAUAUUUUUUUCACAGUAAAAGUUCAACAAAAGUGGUUUUACUAAGGCUGGUUAGCUAGUUGGUUCAUUGUGCAAUUGAUCAUGUUAGAUAUUCCAAAGGGAAUUCUUUGCACAAAUAGGCCCACAACAGUGGAAUGUUACUUUUGAUUUUAACUUCCAGGUGUUUCAAACUUUGAUUUGAUUUUAAAGACUGAUGUGUUAAUAGAGCCAAUAUUGUUUCAGAAUACUGUUGUUCUCUUAUUUUUUCAGUUUACUGCAGUGAACAACCUUAAAGAUGCAAACUCCUGAUAUGUUUGUCAGUUUUUUAAUCUCAUGUGGUUUUACCUUGCCUUGUGGAGAACUAACCCAACAAAAAAUAUAAAUAAAAAUCCUUAUAAAAUCAAACCUACAGAGAGUGUGAGAUGCCAGCGACUUCUCUAUUAGGUCCAUUUCUUCUCUUGUUUAAUUAUUCAAAAAGAUAAGACACUUUCUGUUUCCUCCUGCUGUUUUUGCUCCUGUAUAAAGAGAAAACAAAAUGUUGAUAUUAAUGAUAUUGUACAAGUAUCACAGCAGAUUUUCUUUUGGCGAUUUGUAUUUUUUCUUUGCAGCACAAUAAAUAAUUUUAAAACAG